AAAGUGGCAGUUAAUGUUCAAUCCAGCUAAAUCUGGGAUAACAUACUUCGGACGUUGGAAACCUAGCAUGUGUCUAUACAUGUACGGUGACCUUGUCUCAAACACGAACACAGUCACAGAUCUCGGGGUAACAUACUCAGAUCUUACCUUUACUGAACAUGCAAAUAAGGUGGUAUCUGAUUGUAAACGUCUAACCGGCUUUGUGCUACGCAACUUUUACACCCCAGAAGCCAGAUUAGCCGUAUAUAAGAUAUGCAUUCGCCCCAAACUUGAAUACUGUGGCCACUUAUACAGUAGCUUUAAAUCAGCAGACAGAAAAAAAGUUGAAAGUGUCCAAAGAUUCCUCACGAAACGCAUAUUAGGUUAUGAUCAGCAAAUAGAAUACCUUGACAGAUGUAUUCGACUGGACUUAGAACCCUUAUGGUUAAGGAGAGUGAAGUGCAAUUUAUUUCUCUUAUUCAAAGUUAUAAGAAAGCACUGUAACAGUAACUCGUCUAUAACCUGGGCUAAUCCUAAAUCGUAUGGACUACGCAACCAUAACUGCCUUCUCAAGGUUAACACCCAUAAGCUCACCACUAGAGCUAACUUCUUCACCAUUAAAUAUUGCAAACUUUGGAACCAACUAACCCCUGAGAUUAGAUCCUGUGAAAGGCCUGACAGUUUCAAAAGGAGCCUAGAAAAACAUAUUAACAUGUCCACCCUAGCCCUUCUAAAUGAUCUCAACUGCUGGUAGAGUGGUGAAACCAUGACACUUCAAUAUUUAACUACAGACAGUACACUAGUUCCUAGACUAACCUAAUAAUACUUAGUAAUUAUGCAUGUUCAAUACUUGAAAUUAAAUUAUCAUUAAAAUACUUAAAAUGAUUACUUACGCAGCAAAUGUUCUCUUAGUUUAUCACUCUUAUUUCCCUUAUAACAUUCAGUUUUUGAG